UACAUAGAAGAGCACUCGAAAUAAAAUUUAUUGUUAUCUCCAAUAUAAAGUAAAUUAAUAUCGAUUGUACUGAUCCUUGAUUGUGUGCGCCAAUGAGCGCUGGAAAUUCAAGCUAUAACAGUGCGCUUUAACAGUUACCAAACAGGUUUCAACUGAACUUUUUCCAGUCGAAAAGUGUUUUUAUCGAGAAACAUGACGUUGUCAAUAAGGUAACGUUAACAUUAAUAAUAGAACAGUAAUACCAGAAAUUUGAGGUUGGGAUUCAUCGAUCAUGGCUUUAAUGGAGAAAGCAGCAUUGCCGGUGUAUUUUCUUAUUUUCCUCUCGUACCUGUACGCUAUAAAAGGCCAACGAGAUUUUGGUAACAUGAAAACGUCCGACUUUCACAUAAUCAAGGAAAUGAAAACCUUCUCCAAUUGUUACUUCACUGGAUGGACUUUCACGCUUCACAUGAUCUUCGUUAUUUUGGCGAUCUUGGAUGAAACCUCCAAAAUUUUGAAACUUCCCGUAGCCAUCCAAAAACGUUUAGGAAAGACGAGGGCUUUCAUCUUCAAUACCCUUCUGUUUCCCUCUUGUUUACUCGUUUCUACAUUUUUCUGGGGAAUUUGGCAUAUAGACAGAGAGCUGAUAUUUCCCAAGGCUGUGGACGAGUUUUUCCCUUCUUGGUUGAAUCAUAUGUUGCACACGUUCACUUUGAUACCGAUGGUGAUAGAAUUGUUGCUGCCAAAGAAGUAUAACUUCGUCCAAUUUCGACAAGCUGCACCAAUUCUCAUUAUAUACAGUCUAGUAUAUGGUGCCAUAUUAAUUUCACUGUAUUUACGACAUGGAGUAUGGAUUUACCCAGUUUUUAAAAUAUUUACAUGGCCCCAAAGAAUAUUUUUCUUAGCAUUAAUUAUGGCAGUGCAAGUUCUGUUCCUAAAAAUAGGUAUUAGCAUCCAAAACAGUAAGAGACCGAGUAAGACUGCCAAGAUCAAAUAAUUGAUUUUGAAGAACGUAAGUGAUAUGUUAGGUAGAACCGUUCAAAGAUACAGGAUUAACACCUGCAUACCUGUCCUUUUUUGGGCAGUUUACUUUAGUAAGUUCAUAUACAGAAUAUGUACAUAAAAACACUAUAGUUUUAAGGUAAGACUAAGAUUUGUUUUUUUGCUUUCACUUAUUGUGGUGUCAGACGUUUUGUAAUAGGCCUGUUUUUGUUACAAUAUAUGUUGAUUUUUA